GUUGCAAAAAUAAUUUAGGAAAAUAAAACAUCUUUUCUCUGCUGGAUCCAACAUUUUUGCGCAAAAAAUAUAAAAAAAUACGUGCGUAAAACGUAACCAAACUGGAAUCUAAUAAGAUUUUCUGUGAACUUGACAUCUUAUUGGGAGUAAUAAAUGACUGAAGAAACUAAAUACAUUCAGAAUUUGACUAAAUGUAACAUUUGAUAGAUAUUUCCUAUGAGGUUUGUGAUGUUUUUACUCAAUGUUUAUUGCGUAAAAGCGCCAAUAAAUGAAGGUUCUGCAGGACACUUGAGGGGGUGUGUUUUCCAACAAAAUAUAUAUUCCAAGUCUACCUUGCGGAUGGAUGUUUGUCGCGCAGCGUGGACAAGGAGGAGGUGCUGCACCGCAGCUUCAUCCUGCGUGAUGAAGCUAAUGGUGGAGCUCUGGUGACAGCCGGCCGCUGAAGACCAAUCAGAGAGCUCGCUGAUGGAAGGCAGUGCGCUUGAGGCGAUGCAGGCAGGAGCUGUUUGAAGAACCAUGUCAGCUCCUCUUCUCGUGUAAACACGGACACCUCUCGCUUUUAUUCGUUUUUCUCCCCCCAAAACACCUGCAGCGCGCGCGCGGGGACCCGCAGAGCUGCGUGGGAGUUUCCUUCUUUGCCUCCUCCAGUGUGGAUUUGUUGCAACAUCUCCUGACAGAACUCAUGAAUCCCUCCUCAGAGCGACGGCUUUAUGGACUCGCGCAUUAGCUAAUGAUGUCUAUGGGUUUCAUGCCCGACAGUCUGAAUGGCUCCGAUCCCUCCAAGUCGGCCUUCUUAGAGUUCGGCCACGGGCAUCCGGCGCACCAGCAGCACCCGCAAGGACUCCCGCACAUCUACCCCGUUCACGGUCUGCACGCCGCCGGCCAUUCCCAACACGAAAGUCCCUUCACUGGCAACGCGUCGUAUGGCCGCUCUUUAGGAUACGCGUAUCCGGGCGCGGUGAACGCGCAUCCACCGUCCGCGUACAUGCCCUACCAGCACAGCAACCUGAACGGCGGCGGCACCGGUCUGGUCAACAGCAGGUUAGAACCGACAGAUCGAGACAAGUCUUCGGUGAUCGAGGGCAGAGACAUCCGUCUUGUCAAUGGGAAAGGGAAAAAGAUCCGAAAGCCUCGGACCAUCUACUCCAGCCUGCAGCUGCAGGCGCUGCACCAGCGCUUCCAGCAGACUCAGUAUCUGGCCUUACCUGAACGCGCCGACCUGGCGGCCAAACUGGGACUCACCCAAACUCAGGUGAAAAUAUGGUUUCAGAAUAAGCGCUCCAAGUACAAAAAGAUCAUGAAGCACAGCAGCGGCUCGGAGGGAGAUCACCUCCACAGCGCCAGCUCCAUCUCCCCCUGCUCCCCCGCGCUGCCCCAGCUAUGGGAGGUCUCCAUUGCGAGCAAAGGAACCCAAAUCCACCCGAACAAUUACAUGAACAGCUUUGGUCACUGGUACCCGAACCAUCACCCGCACCAGGACGCCAUGCCGAGGCCUCAGAUGAUGUGAGUGGACUGGAGGCUGCUGGGCUCAUUUGAAGGGAGGCUCAGCGGGGAUUCCAUGUGGGAGCUGAACUCUUAGAUGUGUGUUCUAAAAAAGAGAGACUUUGUUCACGUUUACUGACUGUAUCUUAGUUUUCAAGUUCAGUCAGACACCUAUUUUUUUAGUUGCAUCUUUGCAGGUUUUGUUGAACUAAAUCGAAGUUUUUCUGCAUAAAAGAAUUCUUGGAAAUAAAUUGUGUGCAUGGAUUUA